AUGUCAGCUAUCCCUGCGACUACCCAACAAGGACCCGUCGAGGCUCGCUCGCUCUCGUCCAUCACUGCAAUCGCCUCGAAUCCCCCCGCUUAUCCACGCAAUCCCACCCAUGAGAAGCACGAUCCCCUGCAACUCUACAUUGUGAGAGUCCCCGGCAGUCAAGACAUAUUCCUUUCUCCCGUCAAGCCACCCACGAAAUCCAGCGUUUCCGCUGAAGCUAUUAAUGCAUCUCUAUACUAUCUCCAUGUCGCGACACCCGAGGACGAUGCGCUGCUUCAGGAAGUUGAGCAGGAGCGCGAGAAACAGCUACACCGCCGCAAGGAGGAACUGGAGGCUGCCGGUAUAGACGAUCCCGCUCACCGAGAGUUCGCCCGUCUGAAUAACGUCCGUCGGAAACCUGUCGGUGGAGAGCGAGAGUCUCGUAGCCAGGAGAAUCUCUCUACGCCUGCGGCUAUACCUGCGCUCACGCCUGGCCUUGAAAAUGUUGCCCCUCCACGAGUACCAGUACCCCGCCGGCCGGUGCCUGGGGCACAGGUCUCGGCGGAGAAUGUGUCUUUUGCUGGCACGCUGGUUGCAAAUGCGCAGCCAGAGAUAAAUGACAAACCGAGACAGGGCUCGGUGGAUUCAAUUGGCAAUGCGGCUUCGCGGCGGCCUCUGCCUCCACUGCCCCCGAACGAGGAGCCGCUUAUUCAAGAUCCCUCCAGCGGCGAUGAUCAACCCCGAAAGACCAAUCGCUGGAGUGCGUUCAUGGAUAAUGUCCAAGCCCGAGGGAAGGAGGUCUGGAAAGAAAAAUACGAGACUAUAUCCGCUGGUCGGCAUAGUCUAGACGCUAAUAGACCGCAAUUACCGCCUCGCCCGUUGCAUGAUGGCUCUCGCUCGCCGAAUCGAAGUCCUGGGCAAUCUCCCUCUCGCCAGGCCAAACAACAUCAACCUUCUCGUGGCAAUGCCGGAUUUCGUAUCACUCUUAUUCGACGUGAUCCUGCGUCGGGUACGCAAUGGAAUGUCGCGACGAUAUCUACGCCCCGGAUGGACCGUAAUGCUGUUGAUAUCGAGAUCUCGACUCCUGGAUAUAAUCGAUUUGCCGGGUCUAAUGAACCACUUUCCCUAGCGAGUCUGGCGGCCAAUCUUCCUCCGGGAAUGCUAAAAUCAGCAGGGCCGUCUUUGGCAGCUUCGUUGGGACUUGAGAAGCCCACUGAAACCCAGCCGCAAACACAACCACAACCCCAGCCAUCGGGUCCGCGCAAAUUCCACCGUCAACUAUGUGUAUCAAGGCAAUUCGAGGAUCCCCAUGGGAAUGUGCGCAGCGCUGUCGACUCUGGUAAUGGACAUGUCCCGGAGGGCUCCAAGCUGAAGAGCGGCUACUACGUCUUCAACUCUCCGUGGAACGGCACCUGCACCUUCUCCUCCAGCGUCAACGGCCGCAGUCUCAAAUGCAAGCAUAUGAUAUCUACUCCAGGACAUGCACCAACCGGUGAUAGCGACGCCAACCCGGCCGUGACCGUCGCCGAAAUCCGCUUCAACACGCCUUUCCAAGCCGCAAAUCUACACUUCCACGCCUCGCAUGCCUCACAUCCGCAGCCCCAACCUCACCACGCCUUCAUAUCCCCGACCCAUCAAACCCAGACUCAACCACCAAACGACCCUCCCUCUCCCAAUUCCUCAACCCAAACAAUUUCGCCCGACCCCGCGCCCACUCCGGCCCCAACUCCCCCCUACACACCGGACACCCCCAACGCCAGCACCACCACCCCACGCACCCCCUUCAGUCCAACAAACCUCAUCCGACGCACCUCCCUCCGAUCCCCACGCUUCUCCCGCGGUGAAUUCCGCCAUCAGUACCCUGCCCCUCCGUCUCAUCGCCGUAGUACGAGCGCGAGCAGUGGGGGCCCGGACUCGGAUGAGGAUCGAUUGGACUUUUCGCUUGCGAGGGAGUUGGCUGGUGGUGGGAUGAGGGGGAAGAGUGCUAAAUUGGGGAAAUUGGUUAUUGAGGAUGAGGGGAUUAAGAUGUUGGAUUUGGUGGUUGCGGCUUGUAUGGCUGUUUGGUGGAGGGGGUAUUAUCAUUGA